AGAUAUAAAGGUAAGUGUUAUGCACGUGUAAUAGACACUGAGGAGAGACUCUUGCGGCACUCUUUAACUGCACAUAUAUUCUGAGCAAAAUGUCUCGGGAUUACUUUGGGUUUUCCCACAUCACAAGAAACAAGGGAAAUGAAUCUUCUCAAAAUGUUAUCAACAAUCCAGCAGACAUCUCCGUUAUUGUUGUCUAUUUUGUCGUUGUAUUGGCAGUGGGAGUAUGGGCUAUGGUCCGCUCUAAUCGAUCCACUGUGGGUGGCUUCUUCCUUGCUGGAAGGAAUAUGGUGUGGUGGCCGAUUGGAGCAUCACUUUUUGCAAGCAACAUUGGCAGCGUCCACUUUGUAGGGCUUGCUGGUACUGCUGCAGCAUCUGGAAUAGCCAUUUGUGGAUUUGAAUGGAAUGCUCUUGUUCUUAUGGUCAUUUUGGGAUGGAUCUUUGUGCCAAUCUACAUCAAAGCAGGGGUAGUCACCAUGCCGGAGUACCUAAAGAAGAGGUUUGGGGGACAGCGCAUUCGUAUUUAUCUCUCCGUACUCUCCCUCUUCCUCUAUGCUUUCACUAAGAUUUCUGCCGACAUGUUCUCUGGAGCCAUUUUCAUCCAGCAGGCCCUUGGGCUGAAUAUCUAUGUUGCUGUAAUCGCUCUACUGGCAGUUACUGCCCUUUACACCGUAACAGGUGGACUGGCUGCAGUAAUAUACACAGAUGCCCUACAGACCAUCAUUAUGAUUAUUGGAUCCUUUAUUCUCAUGGGUUUUGCUUUCAAUGAAGUGGGGGGCUAUGACAAUCUAAUGGAAAGGUACAUGACAGCAGUUCCCUCAAUCACUGGUAACAUCAGUGCAGAGUGCUACCUGCCUCGGCCAGAUGCCUUUCACCUGUUCAGGCAUCCCAUUAAUGGAGACUUGCCAUGGCCUGCCCUGGUGUUUGGACUGACUGCUCAGACAAUUUGGUACUGGUGCACCGAUCAGGUGAUUGUCCAGCGUUGCCUCUCAGCUAAGAAUCUCUCUCAUGUUAAAGGAGGAUGCAUUUUGUGUGCCUACCUAAAGCUGUUGCCCAUGUUUCUCAUGGUUUUUCCUGGGAUGAUAAGCAGAAUCCUCUAUCCAGAUGUGGUGGCAUGCGUUGACCCAGAUGAAUGUCAGCAUUACUGUGAGUCAAGUGUGGCAUGCACCAACAUUGCUUAUCCCAAACUGGUCGUGGACCUGAUGCCCAAUGGUCUGAGGGGUCUUAUGCUAUCAGUAAUGCUGGCCUCUCUAAUGAGCUCCCUUACCUCAAUAUUUAAUAGUGCUAGUACUCUUUUCACCAUGGACAUUUAUACUAAGAUCCGUCCAAAUGCCAGAGAAAGGGAACUGAUGAUUGCUGGAAGGGUGUUUAUUGUGUUCCUUAUUGGUGUGAGCAUUGCAUGGAUCCCUGUGGUGCAAUCAGCCCAGAGUGGUCAGCUCUUUGACUAUAUCCAGUCUAUCAUCAGCUACCUUGCUCCACCUAUUUCAGCUGUCUUCCUUCUCGCUAUUUUUUACAAGCGUGUCAAUGAGCCUGGUGCAUUUUAUGGACUUAUCAUCGGUCUGAUUGUUGGCCUGGCCAGGAUGAUCGCAGAGUUUGCCUAUGGGACAGGAAACUGUGCUAAUCCGAGUAAUUGUCCUACUAUUAUAUGUGGAAUACACUACCUAUACUUUGGCCUGAUCCUGUUUAUUGUCUCAUGCAUCGCCAUAAUUGGGGUCUCCUUAUUAACCAAACCUAUCGACGACAAGCAUUUGCACAGAUUAUGUUGGACUCUGAGAAAUAGUACUGAGGAAAGAGUGGAGAUUGAAUUGGAUGAUUGGGUUGACGAAGGGGAUGAAAUGGAUACAGAAGACCAAGAGGAAAAACCAGGAUUCUUCAAGAAAACAAUAAUGUGCUUCUGUGGACUCGAGAAGACGACAAAGACACCAAAACUGACUCCAGAGGAGCAGGCAGAACUGAAAAAGAAGCUCACAGAUACAACGGAAGAACCUCUCUGGAGAAACGUAGUCAAUGUUAAUGCAAUCAUUCUAUUGUGUGUGGCUGUGUUCUUUCACGGAUACUUUGGUUAGUUGGAUACUCCUGGAUAUUUAUAUAUAUAUUUUAUUAACAGUUUUUAUUAUAUAUAUAAACGAUCUUUGUCCUACCUCAGCAAAAUUCAAGUAUACAUUUUUUGCCCACAACAUUACAAUAGUUUGGUCAGGGAAAGGUCUAAAGCUCCCAAUGACGGAAAUCUCAACAAAAUUAAAUAAGAUAAAAACAAUAGUUUGAUAAAAAAAAAAUUUAUCAAUAAACUUUUUUUAAAUUAAAAUGAUUAUUUUUGGCAAGCGAUAUAAAGAUACUUAAGUAAAUAGUCGGGGAGUGGUGGCCUAGUGGUUAGAGCAGGGAUGCUCAAGUCCUCUCCUCAAGAGCUACAGUCCUGUAACUUUUAGAUGCAUCUCUUCUCUAACAUACCAGAAUCAAAAGGCUCAAUCUCCUCAUUUAGCCCAGCUGAGGCAUGUUAACGAGCCACUCAUCUGAUUUAGGUGUGUUAAAAAUGGUUGCAUCAAAAGUUACUCUAUGCCUUAACCCCUGGUUAAGGCAUAGAGCAACUUUUUGAUGCAAUAGAACUUGGAAUCCUGAGGUUUUUCGUUCGAAACCCACCCCCACAGACUGCCACUCUGGCUCCCAAAGACCCUUAACCUCACACU